AUGGCUGAAGCCCUUAUCAUAAUCCCCAUAAUCCUCGCCAUCCCCCCGGUCAUUGAAAUAUGCUGUCGUUCCGGCGCUCUGAUAUUUCGUAGCCCGAGUGUCAGAGUAAAACGCCUCGAAGACUGCUUGGCUAAGUUCGAGAAUGGCCUCAAGGGCAGAGAAGGCGGAGAAGGCAAAGAGGACAUGCUGAACCGUCUGGAAGCCCUGAAGCAAGAGUUAGAACAGGUUACGUCCGACGCGUCAGACUGGGAGUCCUCGAAGGGUACCUGUCCGCACAUUGCGCACCUUGCCUUCUGGAAACCCGACCUCAAGGAAAUUUCUGCCCAAAUCGACGAACUGGCUCGCAGGGUGGAAGACUUUCGGAAGCAAGCCUUCCCCAACAAAGCGGCCUCCCCAAAGUCCUCACUGAGGGGUUCUGGUGGGAAACACGGCACAAACAGCUCCUCUCGGGCCGCAUUUCGGUGGUUCGGCGAGCCUGUGAAGGUCCGGGCCUGGGGCCCGUAUGUCCCUCGCUGA